AUGGCUGAAUCACGCCUCUUCAAGCCGAUGAAAAUCGGCAACAUCGAAGUGAAGCACCGCAUCGGGAUGGCUCCGCUCACUCGCCUCCGCGCCAUCGCCAACCGCGUGCCAGCACCCAUGGCAAAGGAAUACUACAGCCAGCGAGCCGCUGUGCCUGGCACUCUGAUCAUUUCCGAGGGCACAUGCAUAUCGCCGGCAGCCUGCGGCGGCUUCCCGGGUGCGCCCGGGAUCUGGAGCGCCGACCAGGUCGCUGCCUGGAGACACAUCACAGACGAGGUCCACCGCAAAGGCUGCUUCAUAUUCUGCCAGCUAUUCGGCAUGGGCCGCGGCGCGACCCCUGAUGUAGCUGAGCAAGAGGGCAUCGACAUCAUAGGACCCAGCGCUAUUCCGAUGCACGAAGGCGCGCCAGUCCCGCGGGCCAUGACCAUCGAGGAGAUCAAGCAAUUCGUGCAGGACUUCGCAACCGCCGCGGAGAAUGCCAUAGCCGCUGGCUUUGAUGGUGUUGAGUGCCACGGCGCAAACGGCUACCUCGUGGACCAGUUCCUCCAGGACGUCAGCAACCAGCGCGUCGACGACUACGGCGGGAGCGUAGAGAACAGGUCGCGCUUGAUGAACGAAAUCAUGCAGGCUGUCGUCGAACGCAUCGGUGCGGAACGCGUCGGGAUCCGCCUCAGCCCGUGGAGUCCCUUCCAGGGUAUGAGGAUGGACGAUCCGAUCCCGCAAUUCUCGGACAUCAUCGUCAAAGCCGGCCACUUGAACUUGGCAUACCUUCACUUGGUCGAGUCGCGUAUCGCUGGCGCGGAGGACCAUGCAGGCACCGAACGACUGGAUUUCGCUUACAAGCUGUGGAGCGGUGUUCUGCUGGUUGCUGGUGGAUACAAGCUGGCGAGUGCCGAGCAGCUCGUCGAUGAGGAACAUCCGGACAGGGAGAUCAUGGUGGUGUUUGGUCGUGACUUCGUUUCGAACCCGGACCUCGCGUAUAGACUCAAGGAAGGCCUGAAACUUUCUGCGUACGAACGCAGUACCUUUUAUACGAACCUAGCUGAGGGAUAUGUGGACUACCCGUUCAGUGCGGAAUAUCUGGCGAGCCAGAAGGUUUAG